AUGAAAUUCAGAGAAGAAGAAGCCAUAGGAAUUGUGGGAGAUUCGAUUGGUGGUGCUGUUGAUACUGCAGCUCAGUUCAAGAACGAGAUUUCAGAGAAUCAAAUUAGUGGUGUUGAUAUGAGGAACUCAGUGGGCCUUCUUCCAUCUGACAAUGUAAAUAAGCACGAUUCAUCCUUUCACGGUUCUACAAACACAACUUCUGUGCAUCCUUCAAUUGAUGGUACACUUCCAACCGGUGGACACUUUCAGACUGUGGUUACUCAAGCAAACUCAAAUGUCGGGAAAGAAGGCUUUGAGCCAAUGGUAGAGGGUGCAGAUGGUUUGCUGGCACAAGACAGUUUCGGAAGGUGGAUGAACUACGUGAUGACCGAAUCCCCAGGUUCAUUAGACAAUCCAUCGGGUGGAUCCUCGAUUUCAAAUGGUUAUGGAUCGAAUAUAAAUGGGGAAGUGGAUCAUCAUCACUCCUCUAUGCAUAAACAAGUUUUCACCAUUACUGAAAUUUCACCUACAUGGGCUUUUUCAUCUGAAGAAACAAAGGUCAUAGUGAUCGGAUAUUUUAAUGGAGGACCAUCACAUCUUGCCGAUUCGGAUUUACUUAUGAUAUUAGGUGACGAAUGUAUUCCAGCUGAAAUGAUUCAACACGGGGUAUAUCGGUGCAAGGCUUUACCACAUUCUCCUGGGUUGGUAAACCUACAUUUGAGCAUGGAUGGUCAAACUCCUAUUAGCCAAGUUAUGAGUUUUGAGUAUCGCUCUCCUUCAGUGGUAAAUGAGGUGGCUUCACCUAACGAUGAACCUAGCAGGGAUGAAUUCCAGAUUCAGAUUAGGCUUGCACAUCUGCUCUUCUCAUCAAGCAACAGCCUGAGCAUCCUAUCAAACAAGGCAUCUCCAACUGUGUUAAAGGAAGCAAAAAAGUUUGCACACUCAACCUCAUCCAUUAUCAAAGAUUGGGACUAUUUGAUUAAGUCAGCUAUGAACAAUGAUAUCUCAUUUCAACAGGCGCAAAAAAGUUUGUUUGAGAUCACUUUGAAGAACAAAUUACAUGAGUGGCUUUUGGAAAGAGUAAUUGAGGGGUCAAAGAUCAGUGCUCGUGAUCAUCAAGGUCUUGGGAUAAUUCAUUUGUGUGCAAUUUUAGGUUAUACUUGGGCUGUUCGACCGUUUUCACGUUCUGGCCUCUCCUUGGAUUUCCGCGACUCUCGUGGAUGGACGGCUUUGCAUUACGCUGCACACUUUGGAAGGGAAGAAAUGGUUGCAGACGGGAAUGAAAUUACGGGUUUACGGGCCAACCGCGGGUUUCACAGCAGGAGACGAGGAGGAGAAGGGAAAAGAGAGUACGAGGAAGAAAAUGUUCCAACUCUAAGGUAUGCUGCCAUCAUUCUCUCUCUGAGUCUCUGA